AUUUCUGUGGUGUAUUGGCAUGUGUGCGCUGCAAUCAAUGUAUAUUUUCUCAAAUCCUGUUCUCAAUUUGAAUCUCCCAAAGAUUUAGCAGGUGCCACCACUAUUUUGGCUAAAACUAGACAGACUGAAACCAUUUUGAACCACUCUACAUCAAUAGUUUUAUCUCUAACUCUGUGCAACCUCGCCCCCCCCCCCACCAGCAAAAAGAAAAAGAAAUAAACAAAAGCAGUCACACACAAACAUUUUGAAAAAUGGUUGUUUUUUGAGGUUCCACAUCUCCAUAGCCUCUAGCUCAAAUGGCAGCAAAUUUGGGUCAUGAACUCUGCCCUGCACUCUCUUGAGGCACACCAGUUUUCAAAAGACUGCUACUAAUUAUGUCAAUUCUAGAAGACUUAGAAAUAAUUAAAUAAUAAUAAUUUAAAGUUUAGAAACUUUAAAUGGAAGUUGUAGAAUCAUAGAAUCAUAGAGCUGGAAGAGACCUCAGAAGGUCAUCAAGUCCAGCCCCCUGCUCUAGGCAGGACCAAUCCCAACUGAAUCAACCUUAAUAAAACCUUAACUCUCAUUGAUGAUUACUUUUUAAGAGUGUAACUGGACUUCAUUUUUGUUUUAAAUCACUUUCUUAAUCUAUAGCAAUUGAUUAAUAAGUUAACCUUUCACUUUUGAUGUGAUUUUCUUUAUGCAGAUUUCUCAAAAAAUGAAAAUAGACUGGUCAGUUUCACUUUCAGGCUCACAAGCAUUUAUCAAAAUGUUACUAAAACAAGGUGGUAAAUCAUGCAGGGGGAUGUAUGUUGGCUGGUUUUUGAAUAAAGAAAUGUUGGGUUGGCUUUAUUUAAGUACAAUUUUAAUACAAAAACAACCAGCUAACAAAAACGAGGGUGUUAUAUGGAACACACUUAAAAAUAAUCAGCCUAAAUUUUAAUACUUACAAAUAACUUUGUUCUUAAUUGGAUCUGUAAUUGAUCUGGGCCAGGACAGUGGUAGCUGAGUGGAGCUGGGAAUAAGAAUGUCAAAUCCUGAGAGAAAUAUGGUUUAGGGCAAGGCCUCAAAACUUGUGUGGUAGAAGUGUGGGAUGGGAUCUAACUCUUUCUUCAGAUUAGAGUUUGAAUUGGAAUUUGUUUUCUAGUACAUGUUGAACCUCUCUAGUCCAGAACCCUCGGGGCCUGACAGGUUCUGAAAUUGAGCAUUUUCUGUCCCACGGGAGGUCAAUAUUAUCUAGCAGCAUUACCAACACUUCCACUUUUUACUGUGCUGUUAGAAGACAUUUAGGGGUAAACUAGAGCUAAAUAACAGCACAGAACACAGAGAGCUAGGACUUGUAGCCAUAAACAAACUUGAUGGGACUGUGGGAAACUCACCAUGCCCAUGAAAAGCAGACAUCCAGCUAAGUGAAAUCAUUCUGGACGACAGAUGUUUCUGGAUGAGAGUGUUCUGGAUUAGAGAGGUUCAACCUGUAGUACACCCACAGCUAAUUCCCCACUGAGAAGCUACACUCACCAUAUGGAUUGCAAGGCAAAGUGUGCAAAUACUGCAUUUUAGAGCUAUUUGUGCAAGUUAAAAUGCCCAGUGGGCAGAAAGGCUGAACGCUCCAGCUCUGAAGACUUUGAUAGUAGUUCUUGCUUGACUGGUUACACAGUGAUGCACCCUCCUAACCUCAUGUUACUUGUUUGAUUUUCAGAGUCCUCUGAAGCAGAGUCACCCUGGGGCACAGCAUGAGUUGUUCAGGUCUUGUUGAGAACUAUGUGGCAGCCAUGGUGCUGAGUGCAGUUGGUGAUACCUUGGGCUAUUACAACGGAAAAUGGGAGUUUCUGCGGAGUGGCCCGGAGAUUCACAGGCAGGUUGCACAAAAGGGGGGGCUGGAAAACAUCAGUAUAAAAGGCUGGAAAGUCAGUGAUGAUACAGUGAUGCACUUGGCAACAGCUGAAGCCCUGGUCGCUGCUGGGAAACAACCAGUUUUUCCAGAGCUCUAUUCCCUUAUAGCACAGAACUACCAGGACUGUAUGGACGACAUGCAAGGCAGAGCUCCAGGUUCGACCUGUGUUCAGAAUGCACUGAUACUGCAUCCAGACCAACCAGAUGGCUGGAGGAUUCCAUUUAACAAGAAUGAGGGAGGAUGUGGGGCUGCCAUGCGGUCUAUGUGCAUUGGACUGAGGUUUUGUCAUCCAGAGCAGCUGGACAGCUUGAUCCAAGUCAGCAUUGAGAGUGGUCGAAUGACCCAUCACCAUCCCUCUGGCUAUCUGGGAUCCUUGGCUUCUGCUCUCUUCACUGCAUAUGCUCUGAAUCGCAAGCCCCCUCAUGAAUGGGGGAAGGGACUGAUGGAAGUUCUACCACUGGCUAAAGCCUAUAUCCAGGAGUCUGGCUAUUUUGUGGAAGACAACUUGAUGCACUGGUUCUACUUUGAAGACCAGUGGAAAAAAUACCUGAAGACCAGGGGAAUUUCAGAUGGUGUGUCUCUUCCUACCUUCCCCCCAGCGUAUGGUGUGGAGGAGAGAGAUGAAUUCUAUGUCUCUGUGAGCUACUCGGGCUGGGGUGGCAGCAGUGGACAUGAUGCCCCUAUGAUUGCCUACGAUGCCGUACUUGGUGCUAAAAACUCCUGGACGGAGCUUGCUCACCGGGCUUUUUUCCAUGGUGGGGACUCUGAUUCUACAGCAGCCAUUGCUGCAUGCUGGUGGGGGGCCCUGUAUGGCUUCAAAGGCGUCAAUGUAUCUCUCUACAGCGCACUGGAAUACAGGGAGAGGCUGGAGAAAAUAGGGAAGGCCUUGUAUGAUGUCAGCCAGCCCGAGGAGUAGCAGCAUAGAGGCAGUUCUAGAGUUCACAAGACAAAACUAAGCUGUGCAAACUUCCCUGUACUGCUCGGGGAGGAAGGCAUGAAGGUUGAGUUUCAUCUUGGCCUGCUCUUUGCUGCCCAUCUACCCCCACCUCCUGUUCCACCCAGGGCACUUUUAUGCUUUAGCACAGGGGUGGGGCAGCUCAGGCCUGGGGCCGCUUGCCUGGAUCUGGCCCUGGGGCUCAGGGCUCCCCUCCUAGUAUUGGGGAGUCCAUGAUGGUGCU